UCAACAUGUUGACAGCGUUAGGCUAGCUAGGAUAGCUAGAGCUACCGACAGUACAAAUCUAGUAGUGCGUGCUGGAUAGUCGGCAAAAAGGCAAUUCUGUCUACUUCACUUGGUUACAGUUACUACUACACUGAACACCAAAAAAGUUUUUCUUCUUCAGAAUGUCAUCCCAAGGGUGUUCCAAAGACGUUCUGCAACAGGUCAACCAGUUCUGGUCCUUGUUAGAUGACAUGUCACAGAAUGACCCUCAGAGGUACCAGAUGUUCGUUCGGCGCCAGAUAAAGGAUGGUGCCGAUUUCUACUCUCCACCCGAACCUGAUUAUUGCCUGCGCACUGAAAUACUGGAGCCGAAGAGAGGUUUGCUGUAUGUAAACGUGUGUGGGUGGAGACGCGUCCCUGCUGCCCCUCUGGAAGACCACAGCAAGCCGGUGCCUGUGUGCGGAGGAUGCCUGGAGACACACUCUGACGAUGGAGAGGAGUACAGCGUUGUGGACGUGGCGUUCAGCCCUGUGGUGCUCCAGGCCACUCAGAAGGACAGGAGAGAGAAGGAACAGAUCCACCUGCUGGCCCUGAGCUUCACCCAGCAGCAGCAUGGCCUGCGUCUGGCCCAGCACCACACCGUGGCUAGCAGCAGGCUCAAGGGCAAGCUGGAGGACAUGCGGCGUCGCCUGGCCUCGCCACAGCAGUGCUCCUCACCCACCGCCCCCUCACAGCCACACGCUACAUUGCAGAGCCCCGCCUCCCUCCUUCAGCAGAUCUCCUCUAUGCGUGUUGGCGAGGGUGAGGCGAACUCGUCAGUCCAGCUCACCUCAGAGCCUGCAGACCACAAGCAGAAGAAGAACUUCAUCCAGGUGAUCUCCAGCUCUGAGGCAGCCCAGCCUCAGGAGCCCAAGUACCACCUCAGCAUGACCUCUGACCCCCAGGGCAUCUCUCGAAGGGUGGAGCUCAGCGUGGAGCUGCCCCAGGUCCGCUCCAUGGCAGAGUGCCAGCUUAACAUCUCCCAGGAUGACGUUGUCUUGGAGGUGGAGGAUGUGUAUUAUCUACGCCUGGAGCUCCCUGAGGCGGUGAACGAGGACAGUGCCUCCGCCACAUUCAACAAGAAGACGAGGAGACUGACUCUGAAAGCGACUGUGCUCUGAAUACAUGACGCCCUCCAUAUCCAAACAUUUAAUCAGCCACUGUCUGCCCGGCGAUCACCCUCCCAGACAGGCCCCCCACCAGGUGGGGAGCUAUCCCCUGCUGUGACUGGGAAAAUAGAAUUGUGGAGCUGGCGGUGACGUGUAACACAGUUACUUUAGAUCCCUCACAGGAAAUGGACCAAAAGGAAUAUGGAGUUCCUGUUAGGAGCCCUGCACGGCUCAAAACACUCCGUCACGCAUCCUCCCAAGCUGCGCCUUUGAACUUUGAUUGACGCCACAUUACCAUAUCU